AUGGUAGUUGUACUGACUGUCUCUCUUCUGUCCAGGGUGCAGGUGGAGUUCUAUGUGAAUGAAAACACCUUCAAGGAGAGGCUCAAGCUGUUCUUCAUCAAAAACCAAAGGUCAAGCCUGAGGAUCCGUCUGUUUAACUUCUCCUUGAAGCUGUUGACGUGUGCCCUUUACGUCAUCAGAGUGGCUCUGGACGACCCUGAACAGGUCACUGGAGUAUGUGUCAACUGUCAGAAUAGAACAAGCACAGCCACAGCAGAAUCCACAGAAAUCACAGACAUCAACUGGGAGUUGAUUUUCUGGGUGAACAGAAGGGUUCCUGUUUGGGCGAUACAGGUGACCGUGGCCUUAAUCAGUUUCCUGGAGGCGAUGCUCCUCACAUAUCUCAGCUACAARGGGAAUAUCUGGGAGCAGAUGUUCCAGAUCUCCUUCAUCCUGGAGAUGAUUAAUACCGUGCCAUUUAUAAUUACUAUCUUCUGGCCUCCAUUGAGAAACAUCUUCAUCCCAGUGUUUCUCAACUGCUGGUUAGCCAAGUGUGCCCUGGAGAAUAUGAUUAACGAUCUCCAUCGUGCCAUCCAGAGGACCCACUCUGCCAUGUUCAACCAGGUCCUCAUACUUAUCUGCACCCUUCUCUGUCUGGUCUUCACUGGGGCGUGUGGUAUCCAGCAUCUAGAGAGGGCCGGAAAGAACCUGACUCUGUUCAACUCUCUGUAUUUCUGCAUCGUCACCUUCUCUACGGUGGGCUAUGGUGACGUCACACCUCAUAUCUGGCCUUCUCAGCUGCUGGUGGUCAUUCUCAUCUGUGUGGCCCUCGUGGUGCUCCCGCUACAGUUUGAGGAGUUGGCCUAUCUGUGGAUGGAGCGUCAGAAGUCAGGAGGAAACUAUAGCAGACACCGGGCCCAGACAGAGAAACAUGCGGUCCUGUGCGUCAGCUCUCUGAAGAUAGACUUGCUCAUGGACUUCCUCAACGAGUUCUACGCUCAUCCWAGAUUACAGGACUACUAUGUGGUGAUCCUGUGUCCUACAGAGAUGGACAUCCAGGUGCGCCGUAUCCUCCAGAUCCCCCUGUGGUCCCAGAGGGUCAUCUAUCUCCAGGGCUCAGCACUCAAAGACACAGACCUCAUGAGGGCCAAGAUGGAUGAUGCAGAAGCCUGUUUUAUCCUGAGCAGUAGGAACGAGGUGGACCGCACUGCUGCUGACCACCAGACCAUACUGAGAGCCUGGGCUGUGAAGGACUUUGCCCCAAACUGCCCCCUGUAUGUCCAGAUCCUCAAACCAGAGAACAAAUUCCAUGUAAAGUUUGCUGAUCAUGUGGUCUGUGAGGAGGAAUUCAAGUAUGCCAUGCUGGCCCUGAACUGUGUAUGUCCAGCCACAUCCACACUGGUCACGCUCCUGGUGCACACCUCCAGAGGACAGGAGGGCCAGCUGUCACCAGAGCAGUGGCAGAGGACGUAUGGACGUUGCUCUGGGAACGAGGUCUACCACAUCCGCCUGUGCGACAGCAAGUUCUUCGGGGAGUACGACGGGAAGAGUUUCACCUACGCCUCCUUCCACGCACACAAAAAGUAUGGUGUGUGUCUGAUCGGGGUGAAGAGGGAAGACAACAAGAGCAUCCUGCUGAACCCAGGUCCUCGCCACAUCAUGUCCGCCCCAGACACCUGCUACUACAUCAACAUCACCAAGGAAGAGAACUCUGCGUUCAUCUUCAAACAGGAGGAGAAAGACAAGAAGGGCCUGCCGGUGACCGGGCUAUAUGAUGCCCCCUCCAGGCUGCCUGUGCACAGCAUCAUCGCCAGCAUGGGGACGGUAGCCAUGGACCUCCAGAACCCAGCGGACCCCCCAGAGGACUGCAGCAAACUGAGCCUGCCUACAGAGAACGGGGCUGGGAGCAGACGGCCCAGCAUUGCCCCCGUCCUGGAGAUAGCUGACUCCUCCUCCAUUUUGCCCUGCGACCUGCUCAGUGACCAAUCAGAAGACGAGACCAACCACUCAGACGAGGAGGGCUCGUCGGUGUCAGACUUUGUGAAAGGAUACCCGCCCAACUCCCCAUACAUUGGCAGCUCUCCAACCCUGUGCCAUCUCCUACCUCAGAAAGCCUCAUUCUGCUGCCUUCGGCURGACAAGGGUUGCAGACACAACAGUUUUGAGGAUGCCAAGGCCUAUGGUUUUAAGAACAAGCUGAUCAUAGUAUCCGCGGAGACGGCAGGGAACGGCCUUUAUAACUUCAUCGUCCCUCUACGUGCUUACUACCGCCCCAGAAAAGAGCUCAACCCUAUUGUACUGCUACUAGACUACCCGCCUGACAACCACUUCCUAGAAGCCAUCUGCUGUUUCCCAAUGGUCUACUUCAUGGCCGGAACCAUAGAUAACCUGGACCAUCUGCUACAGUGUGGCAUCAUCUAUGCUGAUAACCUGGUGGUGGUGGACAAGGAGAGCACCAUGAGUGCUGAGGAGGACUAUAUGGCAGAUGCCAAGACUAUCGUCAACGUACAGACCAUGUUCAGGCUGUUCCCCAGUCUCAGUAUCAUCACCGAGCUGACCCACCCCUCCAACAUGAGGUUUAUGCAGUUCAGGGCUAAGGAUUGCUACUCCCUGGCUCUCUCCAAGCUAGAGAAGAUAGAGCGUGAUAAGGGUUCCAACCUGGCCUUCAUGUUCCGCCUGCCGUUCGCUGCAGGCAGAGUGUUCAGUAUCAGUAUGCUGGAUACGCUGCUCUACCAAUCAUUUGUAAAGGACUAUAUGAUUCCCAUAGCAAGACUUUUACUAGGCCUGGACACCACACCAGGGUCUGGUUACCUAUGUGCAAUKAAGGUGACAGAGGAGGACCUGUGGAUCAGGACGUAUGGCAGGUUAUUCCAAAAGCUGUGUUCUUCCAGUGCAGAGAUUCCAAUAGGCAUCUACCGUACAGAGUCACACAUGUUCUCCUCCUCAGAGUCUCAAGUAUCCAUCAACGUAGAGAACACUGGUGGUGACGACCAGAGAAACAAUCGUCGCGGGUCGUGGAAGGAGAAAACAGCUCAGCGGAACUCCACCACCAGCGACCAAUCAGAACAUCCGUUGCUGAGGAAGAAGAGCCUCCAGUGGGCGCGGCGUCUGAGCCGUAAGAACACCAAGCCACCGAGUCGCACCGAGCGGAUCUCCCAGCAGCGCCUCAACCUGUACCGGCGCUCCGAGAGACAGGAGCUGUCUGAGCUGGUCAAGAACCGCAUGAAGCACCUAGGCUUGCCCACUGUCGGAUACGAGGAUGUUGCUAAUCUUACUGCGAGUGAUGUCAUGAACCGAGUAAAUCUAGGAUAUUUACAAGAGUUGCAGGGAAUUUCAGAGCAUCCGUUAAGAGAAGAGACCAGAACAGGGGCAAACACAGAUGAGAUGAACGACCACCAGAACACUCUGUCCUACGUUCUCAUCAACCCCCCUCCAGAUACCAUGCUGGAGCUCAAUGACAUUGUCUACAUCAUCCGGUCCGACCCGCUGGCGGGGCCCGACGUGCCCGAGGAUGCGGCUCAGGGGCAGAGCAGCGGCGGCGGCCGGACAAGGCAGGACUUUGGCACAGAGACCAGGGAUGAGACCCACCUCUGAAAUCCCCUCGCCCCUCCUGGCACCCUCGCCUCACCACCCCCGGACCUCUCGCCCCCUUGUCUCACCAUCACCGGACCUCUUGCCCCCUUGUCUCACCGCCUUUGCACGAUACAUUCUAUUUGUGCCAUACAAGGGGAAGAUCCCCACUGCCCUUGCCCACCCUUACCUUCCAAUCCCCCUCCACCCUGUAUCAGACAUACAGAGAGACACGUGUCACUGAGCUGCUAUGGGAGGAUGCAUGAAGAGUGCCUCGUCAUUACCUAACCUAACCCCUUAGAGAGCAUCAGACACAAAGACUCAGACAUGGCCCUCUUUGCAAAAGAUAAAACAUGAACAAUGCACCAGUCGAUGGAAACAUACUGGUAACCAACCAAAGGAGAGGAGAGACAGAUUAUGUCGGAGGUCAUGUGAUGCUCUGAAUAUUUAGAGGUUUGUUUGAUUUAGCUCGUCGGCAUACUAGGUGGGUGGAGCUUGCUUGCACUUUAGCACCAAUAGAAAGGUGUCAAAAGGGCAAACUCUGCCCAAAUGGCGCACCUGCGAGCUACACCAAGCACACUUGGCAUGUGUGUGUGUGUGUAGACUGUGUGAAUAUCAGUUGCAAAAUCAAGUCAUGUACAGAAAUUGUUAUUCCUUAACAAGAAUUCCUGGCAGUAUUCAUACACAUCAAUCAUGAAAGUACAUGAGAACUUAUUAUUUUCCCUAUGAGCACAACCCACUGGGCCCAGACGUCAAUUCAACAUCUAUCCCACGUUGGUUCAACGUAAUUUCAUUGAAAUUAUGUGAAAACAGUGUGUGGGAAGACUUUUAUAAGCAAUUUUUUAAACACUAUCUUUUACUGCUCAUUCUGUAUGACAUUUUUUUCUCUCGAAUAUCAUGCUAUUUGUUAUUAAAAAGUAUAGAAUACUUAAUGGAUUACACCAUGCACCUACGUCAUUCUAUUUGUGCCAUACAGGUUCUGUUUUUUCUUUAUGUAUCAGUCAAUGUUCUACGAAAGCCAAUGCUCAAUCAUUCCACAUUUCUGACAGGAUUUUAUUAAUUACAGUAGAACAAUCUUUCACAGCUGUUUACAGUGGCAACCCUAUGUUAUGAACACUUGUUAUGAGUACUUAUUUUGCACAAUAAGAGACAGGCAUAGUUAAAGUGAUAGUUCACUCCAAAAUGAACAUUUUGUUAUGUUUUCAGAUAUCAAAAGUAAUCUGAUGUAAAGAUGAGUUGGAGUGAACAAUUACUUGAAGUCUGUUAAUAUGGCCAGUACCUGGGCUUGGAGUGCAGUGUUGCAAGCUGCCUUACAAUAUGUAAUUUCACUUGUACGUGCAUCACUUGUACAGUAAAUGUAGUAUUGUGUGUGCUUUAUAUAUUUUAAUAAUUAUUCAGCUGUAUUUCUGAUACUGUUUGCUUGGACUAAUGUGUGGUUUUAUCAUUGUAAAAAAAAUGUAUCCGCAUUGUUUGGUUCAAUGUUCUUUUGGUCAUUAUUAGUCAAAUGAAAACAAAUGGGACUUGAAAUAUUUUUGCACUAAGCUCGGUGGUCGUUGAUAGAGCGUUAUAGCAUGACCCUUUAACCCGAAACUUUAACUAUACAAUAAAACAGACUUUAGUAUUCGCACAGUAGGAAUCAGUCUCCAUACAGUCAGAAGUGUUUUAUAUAUAUAUAUAUAGUAUAUCAACUUUUAAAGGGCUGUAUUCAAUCCGAUCCGCUUUAGACGACAUCCGCACAGCGGUUGUUUUUCGUGUCAGAGGUGGAACUGUGUUAGGGCUGUCAAAUCCACCAAGCAGCUCCUGGCAUUAUACCUAAAGAGGACAUUGCCAUUGGCUGUUCCCAAUUUAGCGGCGACGGCGUUCACGGUGAACACUGCAUAUGGCGGCUCAAUCGGAAAUUACCUUUACAUUUCUAUCGCAGAGUCUGUAACGCGUCAGCUGUAAAGAUUGAAUAGAGCCCUAGGCCUUUGUUCAGUACAUUUGCAAAGUUUUAAAUGAUCAUUGUCAUUGUAAACAGAAAUAUAUUUUGAUAUGUGCCAUUUCUGCUCAUUUGUUAAAAAAUGUAAUAGGGAAGUAGUUCUGAACAUGCAUUGCCUGAUUGCGUGAAUGAGAUUAAGUUGAUGGAUAGGUUAGAUAGGGGGAAAAAAGUGGGUAAAGUCAGGCUUUUACAUWAUUUUGCAGUUUUAAGAUCUCUGGAGUAGCCCUUGAUGUGUUUUGGGAUGUAAUGUAAUGUGUCUCCAUUCCCAUUGAAGUACUGUAUGUAUGUGUAGAUAAAAUAUGUUCCAUACUAGCCAGGCCCCCAGAAGGGCAGUUUACAGAUCAUCACCUCGUGUCCUCCCCCCUCAUCGUUGUAUGUGAACGGAACCCCAAGGAAAUUCUCUUAUUGGAGAAGUUGAGUAAAAAAUAAAUGUUGAAGUUCAUACUGUAAUAUAGAAAGGGGCAUGCAAACACAAAAAGCAUGUUUUGAGAGAAAGCUUGCCAAACCAGAUAUGUUUUCCUACAGUUAGGUGACCUGUGUGAAGUAUCACAACUAGAAAAUUAAUCACAUCUCCCACUUGUUAUUUGUCAGCAUGUCAUUUGAUAUCUUUAUAUGGGACCAUGCAUGUCCUCCAGACAAAAUMUUGUGUUUACCUUUAUCACAUUUUUAGUUAAUUGUCAAAAAGGUUUGAUCCAUUUUGUACUUUUUCUUAUUCCGAAGUAGGUCUACUUCUCUACCGUGAUGUAAAAUAUGAACAAUAAAUGCUGCAUGCAGCYGGAAACAUUGAAA